AUGAUUAUAGAAAUAGAAGAUUCAGAAGCUUCAAGAGCUUCCGAUACCGUUGAAGAUCUUCCGACAUACGACAAUGAAGACCCCCGAGCAGCCUUUUCGGGACUCUCAUCAGACAGAAUACUGGCCCUUACUGCCACUGGACUCUCCCAGGGUUCAUCAAUGAUGGCGUCAGAGUCUACAUUGCCAUCGAUAGACCAUGAGAAAGACAAGGAGCACAUAUCCAAGCUGGAUGAUAAUUCUGGUUCCAUGCAGGUGACGAAAUUGAACCCGCCACAACGGCCGUCAACAGAACCGAUACAAGAUCAACAGCAAAAUGGACCAAAAGUUUCCUUAUCGGCUGCACAGAUUUUGGCCUUGUCCGGCGACAUGGCAGCAUCUAGGAGUGCCAAGAAGUCCAAUCCUAGAAAUUCCAAAGUUGCUGUUCCUAACAGCAGUGACACGUUUGCUACCCCAAAACCAGUGUAUCCACAACCCAAUGAUGAUGCUGUGGCCCGAAACGAUGCGCAAGAAGAUCGUGGACCAACGAACGCUUCCAGUAUGAGGUCACCUGGAGCCUAUCAAGUGGAAGGGACGCAAAGCACUCUAUCUCAGAAUUUGGGACCAGCGCCACCUUCACCUACGUUGCCCUCAGGAAGACAUAGCAAGGGAGAACAAUCCGUCGUCAUGGCAUCAGCCAUUGACAAGGAAGCGCUGAAGGAAGAAUUGCGGCAAGAGCUACUUGCCGAACAAACAGCUGCCCAUGUAGUCAUGGCCGUACCGGCAGGAACGGAUGAUGAAAAUCGAGAUUCUGGCGAUGAUGAAAAACACCAAACUCGAUCGCCUAGAACAUCAUUCAGGACCAAUCGCAGAUGGUGGAUAUUGUUGUUAAUGGUGUUCUUGUUGGUGGGAGGUGCAGUCGCAGUUGCCAUCAUUGUGACGAACAACAAUAGCAGUAGCACUUCCAUAGCAACAGAUAAGGACGAUGAAAAACCACCUAGAAAUUCAGGAUCUGGAGGCGAUGGAGGUGGCAGUGGAAAAGGCGGUGGAAAAGAUGGAGGCGACUAG